AUGUCUCUACAUAGCGACCCGGGAAACAUGGCAACCACUGGGUUCAAAACUGCAGAGAUGAGCAAGUCUCACCUACUGCGGUCGAAUUCCCGAACACGCGGCAUCAACAUCAAAGCAGUGAAGGCUUUGUCCCUGCAACCUACACAGAAAUCCGUCAAAACACGGGCUGAUCUGCCUCUUUACACCACUGUAAACAGUUCACAAGGCAUCUCGGCUUCGCAAAAUCGGGAACACGUACCGGAAAAACCUUUGCAGCCCCCUCUAGUUCCAGGCGCCAUGUCACGCGACCAAAAGAAAGAAGCGGCCAACGUCACAGCCAAGCAGCUCGACAAACUAAGCAUAGAUGACCAGUUACGACUACUAGCUCUAAAAGAGAUGUCUUUGGUAGAGCUCAAAGAUUCCAUCGCGACUCUAAAUGCGCAGUUACGACUGUCUGAGAAGGAACUACAACGCUUCAGGCAGAUGAUCCAGAGGAAUCUAUUUCGAGAAAUGCAGAUCGCGGCUGUUGAUAGUACUGCUCUCAAAAAACGUAAUGUUCAGUCAAAUGGAAGUGUCUCUGGGGGCGGUUCCGCUCGUAAACCUAGGUCACCCAGUUCCAAUCGAAAAUCAUCCAAAGCUAAGAGCGACGCAGACCCUCCACGCCGCAAUAAGACCGAUCAUUUGAGUGAAGACAAAGAAAAUACUGGAACUGAUGACUUAAUAUCCACAUUACCGCCAGAGGACUCGACGUCGUCGACUCUUUGGUCAAAUAUAUCAAAGCCCAUGACAUUUAUACAAAACUUGGAGGGAAUGAUCCAGUCCGAAAUGGAAAACCAACCCCGACACCAUACUUCGCUGCACGUGCCAAAGCAGGCCUCUGCGUACGACAAACCGAAGGCUGAGCUUGGUGCCCUAGCAUCAUUAUACCCCACCACACAGUCGUUGGAGACACUCAAGGAAACUCUUGAAACGAUCCCAUUCCGAGACCCGGAAGUCAUGCUACAAACCGUUUCGAGCUCUCUCUGGUCGUUUGUAAAUGAAGUCAAGCAAAACGUUUUGGCGCCUAACCUAGCUUCCGAACACCUCAAAAACGAGAUCGAUAAUGUGUCUGACUGCUACAGCGAUGAAGAGGAUGUUGUGGAUUUAUCCAUCUACGCAAGCUCUCGACGCUCUCGAGCUGGCUCAUAA